AUGUCGACAAACCCGAAGUUCGGCCGAGAGGCGCUGCGGGUGCGUUUCUCUGAUGCGGCAACGAGCAUCAGCGAGUUGUACCGUACUGCAGUGCUUUCGUACGAUGCCGGCUACCGCGACGCCCUGCUGUACGUUCACCACUACAUUCUUCUCAACACCCCGCGGGCGGUGGCCGGCGACGCCGUCUUGCCCCAUAGCGCCCAAUCGCCCGUAGGAACAACGAGUUCCUCCGCGUCACCGCCCUUGCUAGACGCGGAUCGGCUGCUGCGCUUCAUCCAGAACUCACUUAAGCGCCACGAGCUGGUUUCCGUCGCCUCGCGCGGCACGCUGCGCCGGCGGAAGCGUUCCUUGAGCUGCGUGGACCGGUCGGCGUGCGGC